AUGCCAAUACGUUCGGAUAUCCUGUCAUCUUGGAGGCUCCUAGCAUGGUGUUGCGCAGGCCUGAAUAUGGAAGUGAUGAAACAUGCCGUGCGAACCAUCAGCCCACGUCGGGACAAGCUACGCAGUCCUCAGGUGGCUCCAAACGACAGGCUCACAUUUGGUGCACCAGUACAUGCACAUAGACUGUCACAUCAGCGCGAGGGAAUGUCUCAUCAAGAGCAAGGGAUCGCAAUGCCAUCCAACACAGUGGGUGCCAAGAUAUCUAGUAUCAAAUUGUUCAAGGAUGCACGGAUUUUGACCUCCAGCUUCAUGGUCGCCAACCAUGAGUCAAUGUGA